AUAGAAUAUAACAUAUUUCAGUUGGAUUGCAACAAAUAACAAGGUUUGAACAUGGCGGAAUACUAUCCCCCAGAACAAGACUGGCAGUCAACCAAACCUACAAUAAGCGAGUGUAGCAAACACAUGUGGACACACAAGCUGGCCUGUGACAUCACCUUUAAUGUCGGACCAAACAAGAAACCGAUUCAGGCCCACAGAUAUGUGCUGAUGUCUCGGAGCUGUGUUUUCUACGAAAUGUUAGCAGAACAACCGAGAGAAGGCAGCAUAGAAAUCCCCGAUGUGACAGAGGAUUCAUUCAACCUCUUCAUGCAGUACCUCUACUACGAUGACUUUACUGCCAAUGUCACGGGCACCCUGGGAUUGCUCAGGUGUGCUAAGAAAUACAAAGUCCAGGGCUUAAUUAACAGAUGUCUGCUCGUUCUUAAAAAUCAAAUGGACCCUAAAAGUGUUUGCUCCGUGCUAGAGAGUGCUCAUGUAUUCAACGAUGAAAUCCUCAAAAACAAAUGUCUGAAGACGAUACUGUAUGAACCAUUGCCUGUCCUGGAGUCUGAUUCUAUUGGAGAUCUUUGCAGUGAGUGUUUUGCCGAGAUUAUUUCUCGAGAUGAUUUGGCUGUGCCUGAGGAGAAAGUGUUUGAUGCAGUUCUGAAGUAUGCCAAGAUCAAGUGUAGAGUUCAGCGCCAGGAAGAGUUACCAGACAAUGUAAGUCGAUUUGCCAAAGACUUGAUCAAGCAUGUUCGCCUUCCACUGACUUCUUUGGAAUAUUUUUCUGAGGUGAUAGAACCAAGUGGACUUCUCGCAGAAAGUGAGGCUCUUAGACUGUAUCGUUACUUCGCUAGAAAUAAGACUGGCGAUACAGGAGAAUUUUCCCAAACACCCAGAAAAUGCAUGUACGAAAUUUGCAGAUUUAAAAGCACUGCAUCUGGAUGGGGAUACAAAAGGGAUAACGUGGAUGGAAUCACUUUUGAAAGCUCUGAAAAUAUUCAGCUAAGAGGGAUUCAGCUGUAUGGGACAGAUCAAGGACCUGGGGAGCUGAAGGUGACAAUAAGGCUGGUUCAGCAACCAUACAGGGCAGUAUUGACCACCAAACAAGCCAUCGUGGAGUGCAACGGCAAACAAAAACUUUACAGCAUCUUCUUUGAGCAGCCCAAAGAAAUCAGAAAGGGCAAAAGGUACAGCUUUGAUGUGAUUAUUCGAGGACCGACUACAUUCUACGGAGUUGAAGGACAGAGAGAAGUAGAAGGUGACAAUGUGAAGUUUUGUUUCUCAAAUUCAGACAAAAGCUCCAACAACACGGUCAUAGAGAGAGGUCAGAUUCCAGGGCUGAUAUUCGAGCUUCCAUCUCCCGCACCUGGAACUGGUGUGUAGUCUCAAUGAUCUGUUUAUAUGACAAAAGUUGACCCAGAUGGUGCAAUUACCCACAGGGGUAAAUUUAACCUCACUAGUGGAUGUUUCAGCCUCCAUCUCUUACAAGUGUUGCCAAUGUGUUGGCAGAGUUUUCAUGUGGUCAGUUCCCAUGUGACCAGCUUCCAUGACAAACAAUUUCAGUUAUGUUAACUUUUACAGAAGUAUGAAACAAUUUCAACAUAACCUGUGUCCAGCAUAUGACAAGCACUCUUACAGUUCCUUCUAAUUAUGAAACUUAGAAAUAAGUGUUGCAGUAUUCUGGAAAUCUGAAAAGUUAAACUGGCUCAUGGAGUUACACAAAGAAUGACAGAUUUGUACUUGUUAUGUGUUUUUGGUUCUACAGGACAUUUCCCUUUGUGGAAAAAACAUUAUAAACUUGUUCUCUGAUGAUUAAAAUUUUAUAGUUCUUGAAAUGUGCAUGUGAGUUAUGUAAAUUAUAUUUUUGAAUCAAAAUGAAAUAAAUUCUGACAUUCU